UUUUUUUUUUUAUCAGCAAUCUACUUUCCUUUAUUUUUACAUCAUUAUACAAAAAGGGGGUGAAGAAAGUUUAUCAUGGAUAAGUUAUUCAAAAAAAGCUUUUUCAACGAUUCGUCCCGUCGAUCAGACAAACAAGACAAGUCUACUCAUCCUCCUACUGAUCCUCGUACACAACCAAAGAAUAACAUGCGAAAUACCAAACACCAAUCUAGAAAUACCUACCCUCUUGCUGACGAUUAUUCACCUCAAACCAAACAAAGAACUUCUUCUCCUGCUCAUAAAGCAACUCCUGCUCUUCCCCAUGGUCAACAACAACUUCCUCCUCAGCAACAGCGACAGCAAGACCAACCUCAGCAGCAACAGCAACAGCAACAACAACAACAACAACAGCAACAGCAACAACAACAACAACAACAACAACAACCUCAGCAACAACAACAACAACAACAACAACCUCAGCAACAACAACAGCAACAACAACAACAACAGCAACAACAACAGCAACAAUCAUCUCCACAACGGCCAACUGAACACAGUAAUUCUCCUUUAGAAAGCAAUCGCAAUUCCUUAUGCUCGUCCGAUAUUUCCUUCGAAGAUAAACAGCAACAACCACGACCUCCUGUGCCUAAACAUCAUACCAAUAUCUCUCAAACAAGUCUAACCAAUGCAAGUACAAAUAGCAAUGGUGGUGAUAGUAUUUCUGGGGGUAACAAAAACAAGGACAAGGCUGGAAAGAAAUGGGAAGUGUUAGCUAGUCAAGUGAAUACGUUGAAUGAAUCGAAAACCAAACUGGAACAACAGCUCAAGUCUUUGCGAAAUGAAAAGGAUCAACAAUGUAUGGACCUACAACGACAAUGCGAUGAACUUCAAAGGAUGUUACGCUUCAAGGAAGAUGAAUAUACCAAGAUGCAAAACAAUUUCCAUAAGCAUGUACGUGCUAUUCGUGCUACUGAUGAUGAUCUUUCUACUAUUCAUUCAAAACUUACCAUGCUACAAGCUAAAGCCAGUCAACUCCCUAUGGCUCUUCGUGCAUCCUAUCAAGAAACCAAGACAACGGAUAUUAUUGCUUAUUUUGAAAAGCGUUGGCCACAACUCAAACCUACAUUGGAUCAACUAUUGAAGCAUGAUGUUACUACUGGAGUCUUGGCAACCACGGUGAAUGAUGGAUCAGACAAAACGAAAACCAAUAGCGACAUGAAAUACGAAAUAAAAUUGGAUUAUCCUUUGGCCUGUCUUUUGGUGGAAAAAAUGGUGAUGGAAGUAUUGGUGGAACAUGUCUUCAAUGCGCCGGUUCAUCUUGGUCUUUCUAUCAACCAUCAUUACGAAGCCCUUUCUGAUUUUAUGGAACAACAUAAAGCGACAGACUGGUCCAAUAAACUACGACAACAACUAUGCAAGCUUGCCGUCAAUGCAAAUCAAGAACAAGUCGGGAUUACCAACGCCAAAGCUCAUGUGGUUCAAUGCCUAAAAUCCGAACUUGAUAUCAUCUACAACAUUGCUCCUGAAAAACUCUUGCCUAAACUGGAAAAAUUAGUGGAUCUUGCAGCUGAAACAAGUCUUGCUAUGCAUGGACAAGAUGAUCCCGUAUUAUUUGGAACAGACUUGGUAGAAGGUCAAACGAUGUAUGAUCCUCGAUUCAUGAAUCUACAAUUUGGCUCGACUGUGAUUACGCCUUUAGCAACAAAAACAAAUAAACAAGAUGGAAAAACAGAUGAUGAUGUGAAUCAUAAUGAUGAUGAUGAUGAUGAUGACGAUGAUGAUGAUGAUGAUGACGAUGAAGAAGAUAUGACUGUUGAUGCUCCUUUAUCCCCAUUACCUACACCUUCCUUGGUUUUACGUGUGGUUGUUUCUCCUGUGGUCUACGCUGGCGAUGAAAAUGGAAUCCCAACCCCUCUUUUACCCGCUAGAGUGAUUUGUUUUUAAUAUGAUUCCCUUGUUUUAUUAAAUAUGUCUCUAUUGUAUUCCUUUUUUAUGCACUCACACUACGAAAAAUCUAUCUCCUUUAUUUUUUUUUUUAUUUAUUUAUUUAUAUGCCUUAAUAAAAAACGAUUUUUUUUUCUAAUCCAAUCAAAU